UCUCACACACUCACGCCAAAAACACAAACUCUCCGGCGGAAUUAGUCGAUACUUACAUCCGGUGUUUUAUGGGCUGGAUUCUAGAUUGAUUGCAGACGUUGUUUUAGGUGGUUCGGAUCGUGCCGAACUUUCGUUUUUUUGGUUCGGUGGAGUUUUCCGAACAUCAGGUGGAUUUGAUUGUUCUAUCUCCGUUUUUUGAUGAAGAUAACAUUGUAUUUGUUGUAAAUUGGAGAAACAUCAAGAUUCUGUUAUUGUUUUGAACUUUUGAUUCAUUUAGGUAUUUGUGUUUCCUGUCCGUUUUAAUUUUAUGAGAACUGUAGUGGUCUCUUGUUAAUAGUGGUAGUAGAAUUGGAAAGGGUAGAUCUAGAUUCUUAUGUAUGAAAACCAAGAAAUUUUGUGCUGUAAUGGAAGUUCUCGAAGGUUGAAUCUGUUCUGGUAAGUAUUCGUUGAAUUUGGGCGUUUUGGGUGAAUCUUAAGGACAGAGUGAGUCUGAUUGAUUGAUGCGGGAGAUGGAGCCAAAGGGAAUUUCGUUGGGCAGACGUGGAGGUGGAGGAGUUAAUAACGGGAAGACUGGGGAUGGGUUUAUAGAUCGCAGUAAAGUGAGAAUUUUACUCUGUGACAAUGAUUCGAAGGGUUCAGGAGAGGUUUUUACUCUUCUUUGUAAAUGCUCCUAUCAAGUGAUUUCAGUGAAAUCGCCCAGGCAAGUGAUUGAUGCCUUAAAUGCUGACGGACCCAACAUAGAUCUCAUUCUUUCUGAAGUUGACCUUCCUAUGGCCAAAGGCUUGAAGAUGCUAAAGUACAUCAUGAGAAAAGAGUUGCAACGCAUUCCUGUCAUUAGUAAGCUUGUGAUGUCUGCACAGGAUGAAGUAACCUUUGUGGUCAAGUGCUUGAGACUUGGAGCAGCUGAUUAUCUUGUGAAGCCUUUGCGGACAAAUGAGCUCUUGAAUUUGUGGACACAUGUGUGGAGGAGAAGGCGAAUGCUUGGCUUGGCUGAGAAGAAGAUCAUGAUUUGUGAAUUUGAUCUGGUACCGUCAGACCUUAGUGAUGUUAACACAAACAGUACCAUGUUUUCAGAUGAUACGGAUGAAAAGUCGCGGAAGAGUGCCCAUCCGGAGAUGUCUGUUUCAACCCAUUGGAGAGAUGAGAUUAAUGUGAUGUUAGCUCCUGGUUCUGCAGAUACACAACUUGUUAGAUUAUCAAAUGCCCGAUCUAAUGUGCCGGAAACCAAUGACCAUCUACGAGGGGAAUUUAUAUCUGCUCCAAAGAAGAGCGAACUGAAGAUAGGUCAGUCUUCAGCAUUUUUUACGUAUGUCAAAUCAAGCAUGUCCAUGAGAACUGCUCCACAUGUUUCUGUCUCCGUUAGUGAAACUGCUCCACCAUCAAGAAUUCACAAAGAACCAGGUGCCCAUGCUGGAGAAGUGGACGGUCUAGCUACCAGCCUUACUGAUCAAAAUGUUCAGCAGCACUUAUGCAUUGAGAAACAUGGUGUUGGUAAUUCUCGAGGACAUUAUCACUCACAAACUUUGGAAAAUCUUCCGCGCAUAGAUGACGGUCCUAGCAGUAACAGCUUCCCUGAUUCUCUGUCAUUGGACGAGUCUUCUACUCCCCCGUUACCAACAGAAUGCUCUCCACAAAUGAACUCAAAGAUGGAAGAGUUCCCCAAAGAACAAAUGCAACAAUUGAGGAAUAACUCUCACUCUCAUCCUAAUAUUUCAGGUUAUAAUCCACUUCCUCCUUACCCUUAUUACCUUCAGGGAGCAAUUAAUCAGGUUAUGAUGUCAUCAUCCUCCAUGGUGCAUAACCAUGGUAAUACAGCUAUGUUGCCUCAAUAUAAUCAUGGUCCACCACAUUACCCUCCUCAUCACAUGACAUCAUUCCCUUACUACCCUGUUAAUCUUUGUCUACGACCUGGCCUAAUGGGUCCCACAGUUCACCCAUGGUCUUCAUAUGGAAGUUCAUCAUCCAAUGAAGGAAAGUUGAAAACGGUUGACCGCAGAGAGGCAGCCUUGCUCAAGUUCAGGCAGAAGAGGAAAGAGCGUUGCUUUGACAAGAAAAUUCGGUACGUUAAUAGGAAAAAGUUAGCCGAGAGACGGCCUCGUAUCAGGGGCCAAUUCGUUAGGAAAGUAAAUGGGAUAAAUGUGGAUCUCAACGGGCAUCCCACUUCUGUUGAUUUUGAUGACGAGAACGAAGAUGAGGAAGAAGACCAAACAUGCAGAGAUUAUUCUCCUGAAUGAUUAUAUUCCGUCUUCCAUGGCUGAGGUUUUGUGAUUGACUGAAAUGAUUCAACACUACGAGGGUAAAGAACACACCAUUUCAGACAUUUGUCGGGUUACAACAACAAACAGUCUUAUUGAUCCUGCUUUCAGACUUCUGCACCACCUAAGAAGUGAAAUAAGACUUCAGAGUUUAGUACCUCUUUAACAGACAACACCAUGUUGCUUGUUUCUCUGUGCUUUUGAGCAACUUCACCUUUAAUGGGCUUCAUCUCAUCUAGGACAAAAUCUGAUGCAAAUAUGUCCAUUUAAAACAGCUUUGUAAUUAAAGUAAAGGAGAUUGUGAUUUUGAGGUAUUAUCAUAAUCACAUGGAGCUGUUUCAGCAAGCAUUCUUGAUUAAAGCACGUGAUGAAUCUGAGGAAAUCGGCAUUCCUGCAUUUGUAUCGUAAUACAGUUUCAACCAGCAAAAAAUGCAGCCACAAAUGGUAAAUUACAAGCAUCUUGUCAUGAAGCUACCAUAAAGAAUUUAGCCAAGAAAUCUGUUCCGGUAGUUCCAUUCAUCACAUGGUUACUGGUUUAUCGGAGAAUGAUCAAUUAUCCUUGAGUGACAGUGGGGUAAUUGUUGAUCAACUAUACUCUCGGAAUCUCUCUUUUUUACAUGUUCAGCGGUGGUUUUCUGGGCCGUCUUUUCUUCAUCUUCUGUACAUAUAUUUCAAAUUAAACGGCAGCUAUUCUAGUUUUCUUGUUAUCCUGAGGAAAUAUAAAAUUUGUGCCACCAGUUCUCAAGGUACAACAAAAUCUAGUUCUUUUCCUCAA